CAUUCAUGUGUUGCACUUCCCAUUGAUAUAUUACGUAAAUACAAAAACAAUUAGCAUUUUACUAAAUUGACAAGUUUGCUUACAAACAUUGGAUAAUUUUAUAACGUAAGUUGCUUUGAUACUUAUUGCUGUUUUCAAAUCUAUCGCCAUGUCCUUUCAAGAUAAUAUCGAGGAAUUUCAACAGUCACUUGUUGAUACAACAGAAGCAAGUGAAAUCAAUUCGCAUUCUGUAAUGACUACAAUAUCACCUGACUUAGAGGAUGCUACAGCUGUAAAGAUCCUUAAACACUGCACUCGUCCAUCCAAUGAACAGGAAAGUGCUGACGAUACUGCUUCAACAUCUGAAGCAGUAGACAUAAACAAUCAGGUUGUUCUUGAACAGCCUGAUCCAAGACAAGACGUGAUUCCUGUUAUAAAUCAGGAUCUUCCUAAUUCAACUUGUGGGUUAUCCGAUUCGAUUAGCUUAUCUACGGCAGAUUCUUCAUCUGAUUGGUCAGAUUACUUCGAAUAUUCCCCACCUUGUGGAAUAUUGGGAAGAUUCUACCAAAAAUAUGCAAGGCUGGCAUUGAGAUUAAGACGUGCAGGCGCUUACAACUGGCCAUUGUGUCCUGCCGAUGUAUAUAUACCUCGUUAUGUUUUUUUCAAUGGAGCAAUUGCCACACUUUCUGUUUGUGUAAGAAGCAUGAAUUCACUCUGGACACUCGUCUUACAUCGUUCAGAAGAGUUUCUGAGAUACAUGUGUGCAUUUCUCUUAGGUUGGGUUGCUAUAGUCAUGACUUUAAUUGAAAUGACGGAGUUCUAUACAAUGUCGUACAGCUUCCACAAAAGAGAGGAAAAUUACUGCAAUGAAGUAUUUUAUUGGUUUGUAUAUUACAAGAAUAUUGUAUUUGGCGUUAUUAUUACUCUAACAGCUUUGCUUUAUAUACCUGGUCUUAGUGUUUACUAUUACGCUGACAGACUAGACUUCCCAGGAUUUAUUCAAUAAUUUAAUUUCUUCAUAAAAUUCCAUUUCUAUAUAAGCAUUUUUACUCUUUUAAUCAAACAUAUAACUAUUAUUUUUCA